AUGCCUACCAAGGAGGAACUUCUGGCCGAAGCCGCGAAGGACCCUAAGCGCGCAGAGGUGCUCUACAAGGAACUCCUAGCAUCACCAAUCAGUCCUCAUGCUUCUGUGGAAGAGAAGGAGGCUGAGCUCCGCCACCAGGAAAGCGCUCUCGUGAAGCUGGGAGAGCUCUACCGGGAUCAGAAGAAUGCUAAAGGUGUCGCUGAAGUCAUCACCAUGUCUCGCGGUUUCGUUUCUUCGACCGCGAAGGCCAAGACCGCCAAACUCAUCCGUACGCUUCUUGACUGCUUCACCGCAAUUCCCGACAGCCAGAAGAUUCAGAUCGACGUCUUGAUGGAAAAUAUCGAAUGGGCUAAGAAGGAGAAGCGGAUAUUCUUGAAGCACAGUUUGGAGACAAGGCUCGUCAGCUUGCAGCUGGACACACAGCAGUACAAGCCCGCGCUCGCUAUGAUUGAGACCCUCCUCACUGAGCUUAAGCGGUUAGACGACAAGAUGGUUCUUACCGAAGUCCAUCUACUGGAGAGUCGCGCAUAUCGUGGGAUCGGUAACCUGGCGAAGUCGAAGGCGGCACUGACAUCUUCACGGACAGCAGCGAAUGCGAUCUACUGUCCUCCACACCUCCAGGCACGCCUUGAUCUUCAGUCCGGCGUUCUGCAUGCGGAAGACAAGGACUAUACCACCGCAUACUCCUACUUCUACGAGACGUUUGAGAACUUGAGCACACAAGACGAUCCAAGUGCGCUUGGUGCGCUCAAGUAUAUGCUGCUGUGCAAGGUCAUGCUCAACUUGCCGGAAGAUGUUACGUCGCUUCUGUCAAUCAAGCUUGCGUCGAAGUAUGCGCAAUUGCGUGACGUGGAGAGCAUGCGCGCGAUUGCACGAGCUCACCAGAAGCGGAAUCUUGCGGACUUCGAGAAGGCACUGAAGGACUACCAACAAGAGCUCUCCUCGGACACCACGAUCAGGACACACCUAUCGGGAUUGUACGACACGCUGCUCGAGCAAAACCUCCUCCGGAUAGUGGAGCCGUAUUCUGUCGUCGAGAUCGAGUACGUUGCGCAGCAGGUUGGCCAAAGUCGACAAGCCGUGGAGCUCAAACUUUCACAAAUGAUCCUCGACAAGGUCUUCCAUGGUGUUCUUGACCAAGGCCGAGGAUGCUUGCUGAUUUUCGAAGAGCCGGAAGCGGAUCGGACAUACGGCGCCGCGAUUGACACGCUCGAGCAAGUGGGCAAAGUCGUGGAUUCGCUGUACGCCAAAACUGUGAAGCUUGCAUGA